AUGGCUAGUGUCGCAACUACCGUGAAGGAGCAGCUCUUGGGCGCUCCAGACUCGUCUCAACUGUCACACCAAUCGCGUGCGAAUUUCCUUCGCCAUGCGCAAAAGGAUGAGAAUGGGGAACUUUUCAUGACCAAGGAAAACUUCAUUGACGCCGUGGCACCCAAACAAGAAGACUAUGUGAGUAGCACCAGGAAACGCCCAAAACACAAAAUCAAGCGCGAACAAUACGGUAUCCUCUUCAACGUGGCAGACCGACGGAAAACCGGCCAGCUGAACCUUGCCGACUGGGCGACUUUCGAAAACCUCCUCGCGAAGCCCGACGCCGAGUACGAGAUCGCCUUCCGUCUUUUUGACUUCGAUGGAACCGGAAGUGUAAAGUUCGACGCCGUGCAGGGACUGUACAACCUCAACAAGAGUACCGAUAGCAUUCCUUUCGACUGGGACUCCGAAUGGGCUUCGCUCUAUGGUGGCCGCUCCAAGUCUCGCCAUGAUAUGACCUACCCCCAAUUCGCUCAGAUGCUGCGCGGUUUGCAGGGUGAGCGUAUCCGACAAGCUUUCCACACCUUCGACAAGGAUGGCGAUGGAUUCAUCCAGCCCGAGGAAUUCCAGCGCAUUAUCCUCGAGACCUCAAAACACAAGCUGUCUGACCACAUCCUCGAGAACCUUCCUACCCUGUGCAAUAUCUCGACCAGCAACCGCAUCUCCUACGCCAAUGUCCGUGCUUUCCAGAAUGUCAUGCGCGAGAUGGAUAUUAUUGACUUGGUUGUUCGGGAAGCUACAAAGAAGAGCGUCGAUGGCAAGAUCACUCGCGCCGACUUCCUCGACGAGGCCGCCCGCAUCACCCGUUUCUCCCAAUUCACGCCCAUGGAGGCUGAUAUUCUGUUCCACUUCGCUGGACUGGAUGCGCCCUCCGGACGUCUCUCGCAGAAGGACUUCGCCAAGGUCAUCGAUUCUUCAUGGCGCGUUCCCAUGAUGGUCGCCGGCCAGGCCUUGUCCGCUGGGCAGGAAGUUGCCGAAAAGACCAAGAGCGUACUCCACAGCGUUCUCGAAUCCGCACACCACUUCGGCCUGGGAAGUAUCGCUGGUGCCUUUGGUGCUUUCAUGGUCUACCCCAUUGAUCUGGUCAAGACACGUCUGCAGAACCAGCGUUCAUCUCGUCCCGGCGAGAGACUGUACAACAACUCCAUCGAUUGCGCGAGGAAGGUCAUUCGCAACGAGGGUUUCACCGGCCUCUACUCCGGUGUCAUUCCUCAGUUGAUUGGUGUGGCGCCCGAGAAGGCCAUCAAGCUGACGGUUAACGAUCUCGUUCGUGGCUUCUUCACAGACAAAGAUACCCAUAGAAUCAAGUACUACCACGAGCUCAUUUCUGGUGGUGCCGCCGGUGCUUGCCAAGUCGUCUUCACCAACCCCCUCGAAAUCGUGAAGAUCCGCCUGCAGGUGCAGGGUGAAAUCGCCAAGAACGUCGAGGGUGCCCCUCGUCGCUCCGCCCUUUGGAUCGUCAAGAACCUGGGUCUAGUUGGCCUGUACAAGGGAGCCAGCGCCUGUCUCCUCCGCGACGUCCCCUUCUCGGCCAUCUACUUCCCCACCUACGCACACUUGAAGUCCGACUUCUUCGGCGAGACCGCCACCAACAAGCUGGGCGUCAUCCAGCUCCUCACCGCCGGUGCCAUUGCCGGUAUGCCCGCCGCCUACUUGACCACCCCCUGCGACGUCAUCAAAACCCGCCUGCAAGUCGAAGCCCGCAAGGGCGACACCAAGUACAACGGCCUGCGCCACUGUGCUUCUACCAUCUGGAAAGAGGAGGGUAUGGCCGCCUUCUUCAAAGGCGGACCCGCCCGUAUCAUGCGUUCUUCGCCUCAGUUCGGUUUCACCCUGGCUGCAUACGAAGUCCUGCAGAAGGCUCUUCCCAUGCCCGGCGAGGGCGACUCUAUCAGCCCCACUGGUCACAUCGAGCCCGGUCUGGGCGGGCAGAGCGCUACGGCGCCUUUGCCCUACCUCCGGUCAAGGAAUGCUCUCAAGCUCAUUCUUGACCUGGACCAGAACAUCGGCCGGGUGCAGGUACCGCGGCCUGAGAACUGGCCCAAGUUCCUGCAGGCCUCGAAGUAG